UCGAACUAAAAUCAGUUCAGUUGUGAAUCGACAGUACCUAGCGUCAAGUUUAACAUGUGGAGCUCGGGCUUUGUUGUGAUCACUUUGUGUGCUUGUAUCCUCCAAGGGAAAACCUCACGCGCAAGUGGAGAGGAGGAUAUACCGCAUUUAACGAAGGAUGUUGGCAUCGCGGAGCAGUGUAAUGGAUAUUGUUUUACAGUUCUCCAGCCUUUUCUCGAGAAUUUCACUCAUAUGAAUGUGACAGGCGAAAUUAAAGACAAAAUACACUCAUUGGAGGAAAGCAAACUAAAAUUGCAGUACCAGCUCCUAGAUAGUAUGAUAGAAAUAGAAAACAAUGCCGAACAAAUUAAGCACCUCAGCGAGCAGGUGAAGGCGAUGUCUGAAGUGCAAAUUAAUCAGACGGCGGAGAAUCUUCCCAGCACAUGUCCCAAGAUUGAAGGCAUUGAACCUUUUCUAGUUCCCUGCGAGCCUUCUUCGUCUGGCUGGACGGUCAUUCAAAGGCGCAUCGACGGAAGUACAAACUUUAAUCGCAACUGGACCGAGUACAAACUUGGAUUCGGCAACCUCCAGGGGAACUUUUUCCUGGGACUCGAAAAAAUUCAUCUAAUGACCAAAAACCAAAGUCACGAGCUGUUCAUCCAUCUCCAAAAAAUUGACGGAUCUACCAGCUUUGCGCAAUACGAUGAUUUUCAAGUAGGCAGCGAAGAGGAAGGCUACAACCUGAAAUCUUUGGGAAAAUUCUACGGACCAGCCGGAGAUUCACUAAUCGAUCAUUUAAAUAUGAAGUUUACUACAUUUGACCGGGAUAAUGACUUUAAUGAUAUAAAUAAUUGUGCUAAAGGUGAUAGUGGUGGUUGGUGGUAUAAUGAUUGCGGAUACAGUUCCCUUAAUGGAAAAUAUUAUGCAGAUGGUUGGUCUGACGACACCGACGGCAUUAAUUGGGGUACAUGGCAGUACUAUAAAUACACUGGUUCGCUUACAAAUACUCAAAUGAUGAUUAGGCCAACCUCAUAUAAAAGUUAAAUUAAUGUUGUCAAGCGAAACACGAAAACUAAACUCGACCGCUUUCUGCUUUUCCUUAUGCUUCGGCUUGCAAGUUUUAUUCCUGGGGUGUUGGAUUUUUGUAAUACCAUGUAUCUAUAUCUUUUCUAAUAAAUAAUACGAUCUGUUUAUAA